AUGUAUGUGAAAUGGUUUGAUACAGUAAUGUAAUACUAUGAGAUUUUAGUGUAUUGAGUGAAUGUCAAAUUUUUACAUUUUUGAAAUUCCCACCGGUUUUGUCCCCCGUACAUCUCGGAACGGAACCUGGAAGACGGAUGUCAGCAUCGGCCGGAGGACAUGGCCGGGGACACUGCAGGGGGGACAUCACGGGAGCGCAGGACAAGGUAAGUGCUGGAGGGAUCCCAGAGAAACGCUGCAGUGUAUUCCCCCGAGUGUAGCUCGGGGUUACCGCUUCUGGUACUGAAAGUUAACCCCGAGCUACACCCGGGAAUAGCACCAGGGAGGUUAA